AAUUCUCUAUGGUAAACUUUGUUCAACAAACCAGAAAAAAAAAAUGUUAAAAAAUUCCUAAAAUACAGUUCUAACGGGCCAAUAAUUUUAACUGAGAUUAGAAAGUUUUGAUGAGUUUACUUUGUCCAGGUUGUUACUGCAACAGGUGGAGCACACGAGUCGAACAUCUGCAAAAGGUGGUGCAGCAUCUGAAAGAAGAGACAUAGCACCUGAAAGGAGAGGCACAGCACCUGAAAGCAGAAAUGGAGCAGCUGCAACAGACACUCGAGCAGCUGAAGCAGAAGAUGGGGCAGCUUAAAGAGACGUUGGAGCAACUGGAACAGAAGGCGGAAGACCUGAAAAAGAGGAUGGAGGAAAUGCUGGAGUCAUUAGCGGAGAAGAUGGAGCAAAUGAAGACGUCGGUGGUGAACCUGAUCCAGGUGGUCAAGCAGCUGAAAGAGGAAAUGGAGAAGGACGGGAGGCAGCUGAAGCAGGAGACGGAGCAGCUGAACGGGGAGGCGGAGCAGCUGAAAGGCGAGCUGGACCUCACCAAAGACGAGGCCCAGCAGCUGAAAGACCAGGCGGCCAAGAUAAAGAAGGCGAAGCACAUAAAAGAAGAGGCGGAACGCAUAAGAAAGGAGGCGGAGCAGAUGAAAAAGGCGAUAGAGGAGAGGAUGAACCAGAUGAAAGAGGCAAUGCAACAGGCGGUGGAGAACAUGAAGAAGGCCAUGGAUGAGAUGUUCGAGAGCAUGAAGCAAGCGAUGGCGGAUAUGGCGACACACCUGAAAGAGCAGGUCAAGGAGCAGGCCGACAACUUGAAGGAGGCUUUCGUCGGGAUCACCUCAGACUUUACAGAUUAUUUCGGAUAAAAAAAAAAGGUUUUCAAUACAGUUUAAUGCAGUCUUGAUUAAACGAUUUAAUACUAUGUGUGUGUGUAAAAAUUUUAAGUUACACUAAUUUCAAACUGCAACAACACAUUCCAAUAGACACUUUACUGUUUUAAAUUUACAUAUAUCCAUUUGAAUUAUAGUGAUAACCGGUAUGAUCUUUGGCAUUUAUAUAAAAAAAAAAUCUCUUGAUGGUAUUUGAAUUGAAGAAAUUCAUUUAUUUUACAUGUCAAGGAAGUCAGUUUACCUUUGUUAAUAACUGUUAUCGUGUUAUGACAACAUUAGUUAUAGUUUUUUAAUGUGCUCCACGUCCAAACUGUUAGGGACGGAAACAAAUAUUACAUAUCAAGUAGCGCUGGAGAAGGAAAUUGACCAUGGCAUUUUAGCAAGGAAACGUUGCUUCGAGUGAUUUCAGGAGAACAUGGUAAACCAGAAUCAUAAAUUCUGAAAUAAUAAUGUUGUAAAAUUACUUUUUUUAUUUAUGUCAUUAUAUUUAAGGAAUUUCUAAGUUUUCUUUAUAAUUAAAACUUAAUUUUUGUUUUGUUGGCAUUUAUCAACCGCACAGUUUUUUUAUUUGCCAUAUUCUACCUAUUCAGUUGCGCCACCCUGGGAAUGACCGAAGUAACGAGGGAAUAGAUGAGUUAGAGUUUAAUGUCUUGUCGAGAUCAAGGUCACACACAGAGAUGUAGCGGCGAAGGAAUGAAUAGGGUGGGGUAAACGGAAGAGCCCUCAGAAAAUCAGUUGGCUGACUGUAAAAAUUGCCACAUCUUCCUCACAAACAGUGAUUUAUGAGCAAGGCGCAAGGCAGCGAGAAGUGCCAAAUGUUUCCAGGUGCAUUAUAAAACUGAAGAACAGAAGUUGUACAUGUCACACAGUAUCAUUUCUCCUGGCACACAUUUGCAGCAGAAAAGCUUGAUUUUUAUUUUCACAUACCUCAUACUUCCUACACUCAAUCUUCUGUACAAACCGAAAGCCACACGCUCUGAGUGUAAUGGAACUAUCGAACUUGAAUGCCGAGAGCACCAGCUCAAUAAAUGAAGUGAGCUUUAAAGAAGUCGCUAAGUCCAUUUUUAUUUUUUUAAAAAGUAGGGUUGGGCUUAUCAAAUACCGUACAAUACUUAGUAAAUGAAGGAUUCAAUAUUUGAGUAAAAAGAUUCAAAGAAAAAUAUCACAGGAGAUACAGUAAAUUACCAAAAAUUCAACACUGAUAACCUCUGGAGUUUACUAGGUCAAUUUUUUCUUAAUACCUGUCCAGUUUCCAUUCUCCAAGAUAUUGUACUUUAAACAUCUAAUUGUAAAAAUAAAAACUACAAUAUGUAUUGAUUCUGGAAACUUAGUUUGAAAAACAAACAUUAAAAAGGUUGAAUGUUCUAACACCA